AUGUAGGUGUUCCCGAUAAGACACAAAUAAUACACAGCUAUGCACUCCUAAAACUCUUUCACAGAAGAUUGAAGACAGAAUGUUGGCAAUCUAUCAUGACGUCUAGUGCUUUGAGUGAAAUUGAGGAAAUAAAAAGGGCUAACAAGGAGAGGGCAGAAAUUGUUGGUCGAUAUGAUAAAGGAAGAGAAGAAGGGGCACAAAUUGACCCAUGGGAAGACCCAGCAUUUGAGGUCUAUCAUGUUACUGAUAGAUAUGGAUUUAUCCAUGACACGGCACUGCCAGAAGUUUCAGAUGCCAUAGAAACUAAGAUGAAACUACAAGAAUUAGAAAGAACACAGAAAUGGGUUAAAAUGUUAAAAAAUUGGGACAAAUAUUUCCCUGGUGAAAAGUUUACAAGACGUGUAUAUAAAGGUAUACCUGAUAGAUUACGAGGUGAAGUUUGGGUUCGACUACUGAAUAUUAAUAAAGUUAAAGCUGAACAACAAGGCAUUUAUCAGCGAAUGAGGAAUCGUGCUAGAAAUCGGUCAACCUCAAUUCGUCAGAUAGAUUUAGAUGUUAAUAGAACAUAUAGAAAUCAUAUCAUGUUUAGAGAAAGAUAUGGUGUCAAACAACAAGCUUUAUUCCAUGUAUUAGCAGCGUACUCUGUUUAUAAUACAGAAGUUGGAUAUUGUCAAGGAAUGAGUGAAAUAGCAGCUCUUCUUCUAAUGUAUCUUAAUGAAGAGGAUGCGUUCUGGAGUUUAUCACAGUUGUUUGUUAGUGACAAACAUACAAUACACGGUUUCUUUAUUCCUGGCUUUCCAAAGCUGCUAAGAUUCCAGGAACAUCAUGAUUCAAUCCUGAAGAAAUUUGUUCCAAAAAUACGGCGCCAUUUGGAGAAGAAUGAUAUCUAUGCUUCCUUAUAUACAAUAAAAUGGUUUUUACAAUGUUUUUUAGAUAGGACUCCGUUUCAUCUAACGCUACGAUUAUGGGAUAUAUAUAUGUUAGAAGGGGAUCGAUUACUAGUUUCUAUGUCCUACUGUAUAAUCAAAGUACAUAAAAGAAGAAUUGCUAAAAUGUCGAUGGAUGAUUUAUUAGAGUUUUUUCAAAGUAAAUUGGAGAAAGAGUUUUUAUAUGAAGAUGAUAUAGUUAUAGAACAAUUACAGAUCUGUAUGGAAGACUUACGUAAAGCUAGAAUGGAUGCUCCGCCCAAACCUAAGGUUAAUGAACGACCAACUUUACCAUUUGGUUUAGAUAUAGAACCGAGCAUUGAACAAUUAAUAGGGCAUAGGUCAGCUGAAACUGUUGAUGAACAUUUUAGACGUAAUCCUAAGGGUGGUAAAACAGCCUAUUUACGGAAACGUAAUGGUAACUUAUCAACCCCAGAAAUGUCCCGAAGUCGUGGAGAUACCCGUUCAUUGCAAUCCAGUCGUUAUUCAGAAUACUCGGUUGACGAUAAGUCCUCUUACUAUGAUACCGCAGCAAAUUCGAGGGUGUCUUUAGCGGAUUAUAGUGCACGUACCUCAGCACCAAGUUCCCGCACUUCCUUUGCAGAUGCAUCUGAUGUUGCUAGUAUGAGUCUUCAGUUACAGAUUGAUGAGGAUGAGAUGUUUGAAUAUGAUAACACAGCCACACCUGUACCAGCUACCACACCAGAUGAAACAAUUCCGGGUCAUAGUUCACAUCAAAAUGGGAAUGAUGAACAGAUGGAUUCAGAUACUAAAUCACCGUCAGUUACGUCCGAUUAUGAUAAUAUAAACGGUAUUUUGUGCGAAGAACAAGAUAGUAUGGUUGUGAAUGACUAUGAUGGAAGAUUUCUGUCAGGUAUGCCACUAAGUAAAUCUGACGGGUUAAUCACUUUUUCUAAAAAUAGUCAAACAACAUUUGUUAAUGGACGAGAUGGAACCUUAACACGCCAGUUGAAAUCUACUAAAACUGACCACGAUAUACAAAGGUCUGGUUUUAAGGAGCGGAGUGAAGAGAGGGAAUCAGAUGCACAGAAUGGAUACUUUAUCGAGAAGAAUUAUUCCCGACAAGUAUCAGAACAAACAACCACUCACACGAAAACUGUUCAGUCACGUACCCAUAAAGAAACCAUGUUUUUGUAAUUUUAAUAAGCAAUUCGGUCAAACCUGAUAUUAUUAUUAUUGUGUUUAUGUGUUCAAAUGUAAUGCAGGGUUAUUGCGAAAUCUUUUUAUUUCAAGUAUUGAUAUUGGUCGUAGGAAUAGUAGGGAUUGAUUUGUUGCAUUUUAAAGAGCAUGAUUGUGAUCGGUAUUAAAUGGAAUUCUUAGGUUAGUAUUUAGGUUCUAAUUCCGUUUUUGACAUCAUUCAUUUUCCUCCUUUAUGACCAUAACUUACUCAUAAAUCUGUUUCAUUUAUACAUGUUGUGUGUAUCGAUUCCAAAUAUUUGGUAAUCUCCAUUUCAAUAAAUAACUUCUGGUUAGCUAUAUCUAUAUGAUUAGUCAUGAUUAGCUGGUAUUAGUUUUUACUUUAUAAACAGGAUGAUUUAGUUAGUUUAAAGCAAUAAAUGGAGUUUGGGAUGACGAUCAAUAUUCACCUCAUUAGUAUUAUUUAUUAGCACAAUAUUUAUACAUGUUCCAGGGUCCUGAUUCUAUGAAGUUAGGAUCUAGGAAGAAAGAUUAUAUUUAUGUACAUGUAAGGUGUUUAUACAAUAAACAUACAAAAUUAUUUUUUUUAUAGCAGUGUGACAAAUC